GCAAGAAUUACCGCGAAAAUAAAAUAUUGCGCCGCAUAAAAUCAUUCAACAACAAAAGUUUGUCAAAUAAAGCAUAACAACAGUAAUGUGGAACAAUCAAGCAGGAGAUGGGGGCUUUGACCAGCAAGGUGGAUUUGCAUCUCCAGCUGGGGGAGGUUUCAGUUCUCCACAAUCACAGGGAGGAGAAAAAAGAGCUCGUCCAAGCAACAUCAUUCCCUGUACCAUAGCGCAAGUACUGUCAGCUAACCAUGAUGGUGACAGGUUUAUAGCAGAUGGCUUUGAAUUACAUCAGGUAACCAUAGUAGGGCUAGUGAAGUCUGUGAGUGUUGCCCCAACCAGGAUAGACUAUGGGCUGGAUGAUGGUACUGGUCCCAUUAUUGAAGUCAAACAGUUUGUAGAUAAUGAUGAAAGUGUACCAGAGGAGGAGAGAGUGAGCCCCAUGAUGGAGAACACAUACGUCAGAGUAUAUGGCAAUCUGCGAUCAUUCCAAGGCAAGCAGAACAUCACUGCCUUCAAGGUGCUCCCAAUCACAGACAUGAAUGAGCUCACUUCUCACAUACUGGAGACUAUCAAAGUACAUUUAGAGUUAACACAACCUGUAUCUGCAAACCAAACAAAUGGCCACCAUGAGACAAACGCUACACCAGCUAAAAACACAUAUGCAGGGGCCAUGACUGACAACAGUAUGUCUAAUGUUCAACAACAGGUACUAACGAUUAUAAGAGGGUCAGCCAGUGAUGAGGCAGGUAUCAGCAUACAAAACAUAAUGCAACAACUAAGAGGUCUACCUGAAAAAGCUAUUAGGGAUUCUGUUGAGUUCCUGAGUGGUGAGGGUCAUAUAUUCUCUACUAUAGAUGAUGACCAUUAUCGAUCUACAGACACGGACUGAUUCACAAUGCUUAACAUAUACAGAAAGAUCUUCAUAGUAUGUAGUAUCUCUGACAUACUAGUAAUCAUCUAAUGGACAAUAUUCAGUGACUGACUAAGGCUGAUUAUGUCAGCAUGUAGGCCAAUUGGUCAUAUUUAUGUGUUUUUGGCCAAUCACCCUGCUCAUUUUAUCAUUACAUGAGACAUGUUUUUUUAAGGAUAAAUGUUUGUUACACUUGAAUAUGAUGGAUAAAGUGUUUUUUAAAUCUAAGAAAUCUUCACUGGUGAUCUCAAGAUCAGAGAAUUAUGUUCCUUACUUCAUUACUUAUUAUCAUUAGUUUUUGUCAUUAACUAUACAAUGCAUCUGUCAUGUCUGUAAUCUUACAUAUACUGC